GGACAGAGAGAGCACUUCUCCGUUAAAGAACAAAAGCAACAACGAGCGGACCGGAGGAGAGGAGAGGAGAGGCGGGGAGGGGGGACGGGGGGAGGAAGAGACGUGAUUUCAACUCACCCCCUUAAUCUCUCGGCUUGGACGUUAGUGAGGCCAGCAGGAAUUAGCCGACGACUGAACUCCAGCGAGCGACGGGCAACAAACUUGGUCGCCUCGCACAUUUGAAUCCAGCCCGUAAUCCGUCGCGGUGCUCGAUAAACAAGACAAGGGUCAAACCAACAGACGGACGGUAUUGUUUCUUCGACCCGCCUCGAAAAACUUCGGCGAUACAAAGCCGGGUGGAAGGGGCUCAUCCAGAACUUUCAACGGUUUUCCGUUGGCGUCGCUUAAAGGAACGCGGAGGAUACCGGGUUAUUUUUGGCAUUUGAGGUGACGGAGCACUAUUUGAUUGCCAACAUGGCAUCGUAUACUGAACACAGUGGAAAAAAUGGACGACUGGGGAUCAUAAUUCAACCUUUUGAUGGAAACCAAAAGGAGAAGGGAUAUGAAAUUGAUGUUGAAACCAAGAGCCCUCCCAGGGAUUUGUGCCAUUCAGCCAGCUCGGCUGAAAGCAACGUUGGUGGUGUGGCUAGUUUCACCACCAACAACAACUCUGUUGUGUGCUUGCCUCUGGUCUCGGAAGGACUGAAACUGGUGUGGACGCAGUCUGAUCAGACCAGAGAACUCGACGAGAUCCCAGAACUUGUUCACGCCUUUAACUUAUUCCCGUACCCGUCAUCCUCAGAAGUCGGCACCCUGGCGCGGACGUGCGCCUUGCCACUGGACAAAGUUAAAGUGUGGUUUAUGGUGCAAAGAAUCAAAUAUGGCAUUAGCUGGUCUUCCGAGGAAAUCGAGGAAACACGGAGGAAACUAGCUGUGCCGGAGCUAUACGAUAAUUCCACUGAAUCAAAUGAAGAAGCCAAACUGAAAGAAAAAGCAAAAAGUCUGGAGGAGUUGGUAAUUGAAGAUGACAGUGAUGAAGAAGAGGGUGGUUUACCUAGCUUUACUCCUCAAAGUAAGAAAUCAAAGUGCGAGUCGCCAGAUUGCUACAAAGCAGUCAAAUCCAGAGCUCCUUGUUUCAGUUCCACCCUCCCACCCCCUAAGGAUUCAUAUUUCUACCACCCACCAGCAGAAAUGCCAGCUAGUGCAGCAGCUGAUGUCUCCCUUGACCUUACAGAGGCAACUUCAAGACGGCACGGGCGCUACAAAAAGUCCAAAGCUCAGCUUGCCGCUCUGCGCAAGAGCUUCCUGAAAGAGAACUGGCCGGCAGAGGCAGAGCUGAGACGUUUGCAGGAAGAAACCGGGCUAAGUCGCAACGAUAUCCGCAAAUGGUUUAGUGACAGUCGCUACCAGCUAAGAGUUGGCCGGGGGAGCCUGGCGGCGGCACAAGGCUAUUCUCACAGCGCCGCUGUUGGAGGUAAACAUGAGUCGGAGACUCAACCCCUUCCACUUGUUAGUCAAAAGUCACUUCAGCCCAAUGGGGUGAAACCCCCCGAGGGAACACGCAACAAUGGGAUUAGAAACUCACACUUCUUUCAGACAUUUUUGUCUAACAGCCUCGAAGCAUUUGGGGAAAGAGUCCUUGAGACACAGGGCCAUGAAGUGAUUGAGGAGCUUUCUGGAGAUGGGGAGAGUUUUAGAGAUGAAGAGCCAAACGAUGAACAACCUUUAGAGUUAACGAAGAACUUUAGGAGUGAACCAGACAUCAUCCUGGAAAUAAAAUCGUCGCCUUAUUCUUCCCCUUCUGUCAGUCCACCACCAGUUGCCUCCCCACACAAACCAUUCUCACACAGAUUCGGAACAUCGAAAAAGUCACUGCACUCGGCCAGAACCAGUCCCCCACAGACAGCCCUGGGUUCCUCGGGGGCCUCCACCUCCACAUCUCCUACUCUCACUCCAGCAGGGCGGCCAAGGAAGACCAAAGAGCAACUGGAUGUGUUGAAGCAGCACUUCUUGCAGUGUCAGUGGCCCACAAGUGCAGAUUACACUGAACUUGUUAAACUUACCGGAUUACCCAGAGCAGAUGUUAUUCAGUGGUUUGGUGACACGCGGUAUGCUGUCAAAAAUGGCCAACUGCGCUGGGUCAAGGGCGUCCGCGAUCAGUUCCUGGCAGAACUUGCAAAUCAACAAAGCAGCAGCGGUUUGACAAACAAAGGUGGGACGACCGCUAGAGGGCGCAAGCGCAAAUCCAGAGCAAACGGAACAGGUGCAAACUCCCCGGAUAUCCAGCCCCUGCUGGCAUACUACCUUUCAACAGGGUCGCUCCAUGAAAAAGACCUUGACACGCUAUGCAAGAAAUCAAAAAUGAGCUACCAGCAGGUGCGAGAUUGGUUUGCUGCUCAGGAAGUUGUGAAAACUGACCAAGAACCCAUUGAUGUUGGAGAACAUUUCUAGAAGUUGGUGGAGGACUACACCCAACUUCAUCACAACAGGCUGAAAACAUCGGGGUUCACACUGCUUUAAUGAGGCACGUUUUGUAAAAAUCCAGUCUUCCUAGAACAAGCCUAGAGCGAGGUUUGUGAUUUUUCAUAUAUGCUGCAUUUCCUACUUCUCCUUAAUAUAUUUAGACUUGAAUUAUAUUUGCCCUCUUUGUGUUACUGUAAACAGUGACCAGUACACUGGUUUGCUAUAUAUUUUUGUAGCUUAUUUUGUCUAGAUCACUAAAACAGAUUUGUUAGUAUUCUACAUGUUGGAUGGUAAUUUAAAUUGUUUGUAAUUUUGGUACCUGAAUAUAGCAGAUGAUUAACUGCUUUAGGGAAACGUCUGCAUUGAUUGAAUAAUGUGUGCAGUUAUUCCUUUACAGCCAAGAAUUCCUUAUCAUUAAAGCACACUGGACAUGAACUUUUUUUUUUUUUUUACUGACAUCUUGCACUUUGGUUUUUGAGCUUGCUGUCAUAAUUCCACCAAUUUAUGGCUCUGAAAGCCAUCAUGUUUGAAUGCAAAGCAUGAUGAAGAAAAUGUUUUUCGUUCUGAUCAGUGUAUUCCUGAAACGCAUUCCCUGAUUUUGUGUGAGUCACUCUGUUGUAAUUCUUCAUAUCAAAAUAAUUUGUCAUAUGCAUAUAAACAGACCUUUGUAAUAGUUAAAUUUAGGUUGAGGAAGCGUAUCUUACAACUGUCUAAAUAGCCAAUUUAGUCAUUCAGUGAAGUUUUUUUGGGGGGCAAAACAAGUGUACACGUGAAAAGCAGACAUGAUUCAAAUCCAAAGAUGAUUACAUUUUGUCAAAUCAUGUUUUAAAAGAUGCUUUCAGGUUAAUGAUUUUUUUCCCUAAGUUAACCAUGUCACGCAUUUGUAAUUGUUCUAUACGGAGUAAGACUUACUUUAAAUUUUUUCCUCAAAAUGUUCACACAAUGUUCAAAUAACUGGCAACCUGCCAAAGUAGAGCAGGUCCUUUUUGUUUCUGUUCUGCCAUCAAAGUCUGAAAAGCUUAAUUUAAGUGUCAUGAAGUGGGAUCUGUUCCUACAAGUAGCCUCUUCUUUUAUCAAUGUUUCCGAUGAUUUUUUUUUCCUGUAUUCAAAGAGACAUUUGCACACUUUGUCGCUGGAAACCAGUAAAAAGAUUUGUCUUGAUAAAUAAA